AUGGUGCGACUCUGCUGGCUGUUGUGGCUGGCCGUGGCGUUGGCAGCGCCAGAAACCCCGCCAAGGCCUUCUGAGCCUGGCAGCGGCAGUGGCAGUGGUGUGCCUGCGGGAGCAGCAGCCAAUAAUCUGGCUGGGCAGCUUGCUCACCAAAUUUGGCAGAUUCUCCAAGGCUCGGUAACCGCGCCGCCUGGAAUGCUGAGUGGGCCGAGUGCUUCUGAAGCUGCUGCUCCUUCUGUAGGAGCACCUGGACAUUCCGCACCAACGCACGGAGCGUCAAGUUCAGCACCUGGACCACUGCCCGCCGCCACUAACCCACCUGGACCAACUGAGGAGUCUGAGGAGCCGCCUUGGAGACGAUCAAGGAGCCGAUUGCCUCCUGCGGCAGCCAGUGCCGAACCACCUGCGCCGCCUCCCUUGGUUUCAGCGCCGCCACCUGGACCUGGCAGUGCUGCCGCGGUACCCACUCCAGCCACCGAUGUCGUGGACGUGGAAAGAGAGCCGGGGGAAUCCAGACCUGCAGUGAGACUGGAUUUGAGGGCUUGCCGCGUCUGUGGUGCGCAAGACUUAUACAAGUCGUGGAAGAACCCUUCUCGCAAACGCCAGAAGACCAACCGUGGCAAAAGGAGGCCGGUAUGGUGGGCCGACAACAAGAACAAAUGGGAUCCGGAAGAUCCCGAGGACGAUGAUGAGGGCGGCUGGGAGCCAAAGGCUCCAUUGUACAAAGGCGCGGAGCUGUUACCUGAAACUGCUGAGCCCAAGGCCAAGGCUGCCAAGGCUGCCGCUGCCGCCAAGACUCCGAAAGCUAAUGGCAGCCAAGACCCGGCACUCAUGGCCAACUUGGCUUCUGGCAGCCCGGGGGUGUCUUCACAGGCGCUUUGCCUGAAUGGUGGAGUUUGGGCAAAACAUGCAGAGAAUGUCCGACGUUUCAAAGAGCAGGCAGUGAGUGAAGAUGCUGUGCAGCUCCGCCCCAACACGCACAGCUUUGGCCAGCCCUUUGAUGAAAAGGCUGCUCUGGAAAGCCUCAAGCGUGAAGGCAAGUACCUUUGCAUCAUGAAUGCUUUGUGGCUUGACCAGAGCUGGUCUGCCACGCCGCAGAUACCAAUCAGUCAAGGCGCCAUUGACCAAGUGAAGUCCCAUUGGUUUUCUACACCGAAUGGUUUGGACCAGCAGCAAGUCACUGUGGGCUUCUUGCGGCGAGAGGUGGACUCAAAGACUGUGCCAGCCUUUGGCACUUGGAAGCGUCUCAGUGCUGAAGAGUCCAUCAUUGCCUUCUUCGAAGCAGCUGCCGCCGAAGCGCAGAAAGUGGAAGCAGGUGCAGCGGGUGAUCAGUUGCAGGAAUGGCUAGGUCAUUGUUUAUCCUGCCCAGUGUUGAUCAGGGUUGUAGCUGACUCGCAAGAGAUGGAGUGGGUGGCCCAGCAGCUGAGGGAGGAUCAGACCCAACUGUCCUUCCUCGCCCGCACACCCACACAGAGGGUGUUUGACGUCAUGCAGAAGAGAGAGGCGAUGGGCGUGGCUUACACGCCAGAGGCGCUUCUGCAGUUGUAUGACGAGAAGCUCAAGUUCAGCGCCAAGUCGGAGAAGAUUACCAAAGGAUUUCUGGGCCAUGCUUCCAUGGUCAUGGACCGUGCUUUGCGGCAUGACGCAAUUCUGCAGGUGAUCCUGGCGGAAGAAGCUUGUGGCAAGAGCCUUUGGGAUUCUGUCAGCAAGUUGCACGCCAUGGUCUCCAAGUCUACCCGCUUUGAAGAAGUUGCUUGGCUUUUCACGCACAUGCACGAUUCCAAACUGGCUGGCCUUCUUGAAGGAGAAGUGUCUGUGCGGCAGUUGACGGGCCAGGGUGCUACAGGUGGCAAAGGUCUGUGCGAUCUGGUCUUAUACAAGAUGAGGCUCAGAGACUACUUCAUCAGCGACUUCUUGCUUUCAACUGAAGCCAAAGAGAUGCCUGAGAAAUACCGCCAAGCUCUCAAAGACAUCUUUGCUUCCCACGAAGCCUUCCGAAGAAAGGUCGGUUUCCCGGACAGCCCGGCGGACCUCUCAUGGAAAGCUGGGUGGUCACGCUCUGCUGAUCACGUAAUGCAACUGAUUCAGGAGUCAGUCUUUGGCACGGUCUUUGACGACAAUCUCAAAGCAGCUGUGGUGGCAGGUAAAGCUCCCCUGGAUGCCUUGACCAUGGAUACCAAAUUGGGUGAGCGCUAUAGAGAAUUCCAGCAGCUCCUGCGGCAAGAGCUGGAUGAGGCCAGGGCAGAAGCAUCUGCAGCAGCCCGAGCUGAAGCCCAGCAAGGCGCAACUCAAGACCCGGAGGCCCAGGAGGGUUUGCCAGUCAGAAGUGCUGCUUUCAAGGCAUUCCUGGGGGAUGUGCAGGCCAAAAUCGGGGAGAUCAAGAAUGAAGAGACUCUGGCGCAGCUUCAGUACUUCGAGGACAAAGCUCGCAACCUCAUGGCUUCCAACGUCCAGCUCUUUGUCUUCCAACCGUCAGAGAAUGAGUUGUGCGCGUACUUUGACAAAGCAGCUGCUUGCCAAGUCAGAGGUGGUGGUAAUCAGUGGGUGGGAAUCUUUCUGGAUCCUGCUCAGUGGGGUGAAGCUGUGACGAACCCACACAUUCGUGUUUGCCCGUUGAACCAGCAGUACUUGAAGACCUUCUUGGCGUCAGUGGUCAAGUCCAGGGACAAGCAGCAGCUGACCUUGCACCAUCGCGACCUCUUUAUCUACUUUGAUUCGUUCUUGCCUGGCAAUUUGAACAAAGUGCUAGGUUCUUUCCAGACUCCAGCCGGAGAUGCCUUGAACAAAAACUCCUUCGGUGUCUUCAUCUCCUAUGAUGAGGAAAGUCUCAAGCAACGCCGGCAGUACAUCAAAGCAAACUCAACGACUUUUCAGCAAAUUGAGCUAAUGACGCUGGCGACUGCUGAGAAUUUUGGAGACGCCAUGACCAAAACAAACCGCAAGAUCUACAAGGGGACCAACUUCGGGAACAAGAUCGGAGACGUGUUGUUGGAGAGCCCCAAAUUGCUUUGGUCUAUGGCUUUGAAGGACAAAAUCACUUUGUUUGGCAAGUACCGGGUGUCCGUUGGUGGUCGUACCACCGGGGAAGCAGAGAGCCAUCGUGGAGUCAGCAACCGCAAGCUCAACACUGAAGAGCCCGUGUUUUGGCAUAGCCGUCCUUUGAGCCUUUGCCUUGAGCUUUUGGCCAGUUACAACCUGGCUGCCGUGGUGGACGCUGGAGCUGGCGAUGGGAACAUGGCCCUGGCGUGCGCUUUGAGUCGCAUGCCUUACUGCGGUCUCUGCCUCACUGAAGAUCAUUUGACCCAGGUCCAAGACCGCAUUGUCACUGAGAUCAUGCUGCGCAUGCUCUCUUCUUCCGAAAGCGUGUUCGAACCCAAGUUGGCUGCAAGUUUGGGAGGAGAUCGCGCUGGCCGGUCGUCUCAGCCAAGCGGUGCAAGGACGGCAGAGCAGCAAGGCGUCAGCCAUCCAGCCUCUAGCGGAACGACUGGCAACCCACCCAAUACCAGUGGCAAUGACAGUGGCACAGCAGCGUCUGUGCUGAAUGAGUUCAGGGCUCAGUUGGCGAACCUCCAGCAGCAAGGCGCAAGCAAGACUGCCAAGACCACGCUGCUCCCAGCAGAGCCUGGCAAAGUGAACCUCAUAGCUGCGCAGCCUCCAAACACCCCGGCCGAAGUCACGCUGGCUUCUGACUGCUCUGGUCUUUGCACUGAAGGGCCAGCGGUGCGAGUGAACUUGCCUUCAUCUGUCAAUGUGAAGCACAUCUACACUUCUGAAAUUGAAUUCAACUGGCUGAUCCAAGCUUUGAGAGACAUUCAGCUUCCCAAUGGUGAGCAAUGCUACAAUGUUUAUUACAAGCUGCUGGACACACAGCACUUCGGAAUUCCGCAGCACCGCGAACGGGUCUAUAUCAUCGGUAUUCGCCGAGACGUGCAAGUGAAGCACUUUGAGUGGCCAGUGCCUUUCAAGGAGCGGCUCACGCUCAAGCAGCUCCUUGGCAAUCCUGCCAUGGAAUGGAAGUGCAACUUGCGGGAGAAGACACACGAUGUCGACGGCUCAGCUCUAUCCAGCACAGCCCGCAAGAACUUGAUCCAGUUUCAAGACUUUUUGGACAAGAAUCCGGCCAAACAAGACUCUGACUUCAUUGUCGACACAGGCGGUUCUUCAGCAACUUGGAUGGAGGACAAAUGCCCCUGCCUCACUGCCACCAGAUGCAAAGGAAAGCAUUGCUACUGGUGGCAUCAAGGCCAGAGGUUCCUCACCCCGACAGAUUUUUUUUUGCUUCAAGGCGUGUGGCCUGGGGCUUACAAGCCUGGAGAUGUUGAAGAACUUCAAAGUUUUCCACAAAGGGUAUUAGGACAUAUGAUUGGCAACGCCAUGUCUGUUUGUGUAGUGCGACGCUUAGUGCGAUGCAUUUUCCAAGCACGUGGCAUUCUUUGA